GCCCGGCCCCGCCGCGCAGCCCGGCCGCGCCCCGCCGCCGCCAUGGGCUGCCUGGGAAACAGCAAGACCGAGGACCAGCGCAACGAGGAGAAGGCGCAGCGCGAGGCCAACAAAAAGAUCGAGAAGCAGCUGCAGAAGGACAAGCAGGUCUACCGGGCCACGCACCGCCUGCUGCUGCUGGGUGCUGGAGAAUCUGGUAAAAGCACCAUUGUGAAGCAGAUGAGGAUCCUACAUGUUAAUGGGUUUAAUGGAGAGGGCGGCGAAGAGGACCCGCAGGCUGCAAGGAGCAACAGCGAUGGUAGUGAGAAGGCCACCAAAGUACAGGACAUCAAAAACAACCUGAAGGAGGCUAUUGAAACCAUCGUGGCUGCCAUGAGCAACCUGGUGCCCCCUGUGGAGCUGGCCAACCCUGAGAACCAGUUCAGAGUGGACUACAUUCUGAGCGUGAUGAACGUGCCCGACUUUGACUUCCCACCUGAAUUCUACGAGCAUGCCAAGGCUCUAUGGGAGGAUGAAGGCGUGCGUGCCUGCUACGAGCGCUCCAACGAGUACCAGCUGAUUGACUGUGCCCAGUACUUUCUGGACAAGAUUGAUGUCAUCAAGCAGGCCGACUACGUGCCCAGCGACCAGGACCUGCUUCGCUGCCGCGUCCUGACCUCUGGAAUCUUUGAGACCAAGUUCCAGGUGGACAAAGUCAACUUCCACAUGUUCGAUGUGGGCGGCCAGCGCGAUGAACGCCGCAAAUGGAUCCAGUGCUUCAAUGAUGUGACUGCCAUCAUCUUCGUGGUGGCCAGCAGCAGCUACAACAUGGUCAUUCGGGAGGACAACCAGACCAACCGCCUGCAGGAGGCUCUGAACCUCUUCAAGAGCAUCUGGAACAACAGAUGGCUGCGCACCAUCUCUGUGAUUCUGUUCCUCAACAAGCAAGACCUGCUCGCUGAGAAAGUUCUUGCUGGGAAAUCCAAGAUUGAGGACUACUUUCCAGAAUUUGCUCGCUACACUACUCCUGAGGAUGCUACUCCCGAGCCUGGAGAGGACCCACGCGUGACCCGGGCCAAGUACUUCAUUAGAGAUGAGUUCCUGAGAAUCAGCACUGCUAGUGGAGAUGGGCGCCACUAUUGCUACCCUCACUUUACCUGCGCUGUGGACACUGAGAACAUCCGCCGUGUGUUCAACGACUGCCGCGACAUCAUCCAGCGCAUGCACCUCCGUCAGUACGAGCUGCUGUAAGAAGGGAACCCAGACUUAACGACAGCCUUAAGCACAAUUCAUGGAAAGUGAAACGUAAUUGUACAAGCAGUUAAUCACCCACCAUAGGGCAUGGUUAACAAAGCAGCCUUUCCUUUCCCCUGAGUGAUUUUUGCGAAACCCCUUUGCCCCUUCAGCUUGCUUAGGUGUUCCAAAUUUAGACAGCUUAAGGCGGCCUACAGAAAAAAAGGCCACAAAGGUUCCCUCUCACUUUCAGUAACUAAAAUAACAGCAGCAAACAGAAAUAAAUAAAUAAAUAAUGAAACGAAUGAAAUAAAUAUUGUGUUGUGCAGCAUUAAAAAAAUCAAAAUAAAAAUUAAAUGUGAGCAAAGAA